ACAGACCUGCUGAGAACAGAAGAAGCUGCACACUGGUAUAUUUCAUGACUAAAUGUCAUUGUGGACUCUGCUAUGGAUCAGUGUGAGGACAUAAAGGAGGGAGACCCUCCCUCUGAAACCUCUCCGUGUGGGGAACAUGAAAGCCAGACCAAAGCUCAGAGGUUAGACUCCCCAGAAUCUCGACCAGAACCCAGCUGUGUGUCCAUGAAGAGUGAUCGGUCUAUGGGUUACCCGGCUAACUUUAAAGUUGGACAACUUGCUGAUGAAAGGAGGAAGUUGGAAAAACCUGAACCCAGCUGUGUGUCCAUGAAGAGUGACCAGUCUAUGGGUCCUCCUUUACACUUCAAAGAUGGAUGCCACUCUGUUGAUCAAAGGAAGCUGGAAGAACCUGAACCCAGCUGUGUGUCCAUGAAGAGUGACCAGUCUAUGGGUCCUCCUUUACACUUCAAAGAUGGUAGCCACUCUGUUGAUCAAAGAGUGGACCAGGAGAGCUCAGAAGUUCCCAGUGGUCACUCUGCCCAGCAGCAUCAAACACACCUGGACUCCAUAUUUGUGUUGCUGGAGGAGAACAUCGUCAUUUUUAUGAAGAACGAGCUGAAGAAGAUCCAGAAGGUUCUGAGUCCAGAUUACCCAGAAUGCUCAGAGAGUCAGAGGGAGGAUGAGGAGAUGUUGGAGGGUGAGGAUGAGCAGCAGAGGAGGAGAAGCAGAGAGGAGUUUCUGAAAAUCACACUUCACUUUCUGAGAAGAAUGAAGCAGGAGGAGCUGGCUGACUGUCUGCAGAGCAGAACAUGUGUUCCAAUGUGUCAACGUAAAUUGAAGUCUAACCUGAAGAAGAAGUUCCAGUGUGUGUUUGAGGGGAUCUCUAAAGCAGGACACCCAACCUUUCUCAAUCAGAUCUACACAGAGCUCUACAUCACAGAGGGAGGGACUGCAGAGGUCAAUGAUGAACAUGAGAUCAGACAGAUUGAAACAGCAUCCAGGAAACCAGACAGACAAGAAACAACAAUCAGACAAAAAGACAUCUUUAAAGCCUCACCUGGAAGAAAUGAACCAAUCAGAACAGUACUGACAAAGGGAGUGGCUGGCAUUGGGAAAACUGUCUUAACACAGAAGUUCACUCUGGACUGGGCUGAAGACAAAACCAAUCAGAACAUCCACUUCACAUUUCCAUUCACCUUCAGAGAGCUGAAUGUGCUGAAAGAGAAAAAGUUCAGUUUGGUGGAACUUGUUCAUCACUUCUUUCCUGAAACCAAAGAAGCAGGAAUCUGCAGGUUUGACGAGUUCCACGUUGUGUUAAUCUUUGACGGUUUGGAUGAAUGUCGACUUCUUCUGGACUUCCACAACACUGAGGUCCUGACUGAUGUCACAGAGUCAACCUCAGUGGAUGUGCUGCUGACAAACCUCAUCAGGGGGAAGUUGCUUCCCUCUGCUCGCCUCUGGAUAACCACACGACCUGCAGCAGCCAAUCAGAUCCCUGCUGACUAUGUUGACAUGGUGACAGAGGUCAGAGGGUUCACUGACCCACAGAAGGAGGAGUACUUCAGGAAGAGAUUCAGAGAUGAGGAGCAAGCCGGCAGAAUCAUCUGCCACAUCAAGACAUCACAAAGCCUCCACAUCAUGUGCCACAUCCCAGUCUUCUGCUGGAUCUCUGCUACAGUUCUGGAUCUGUUGAAAACCAGAGAGGGAGGAGAGCUGCCCAAGACCCUGACUGAGAUGUACAUCCACUUCCUGGUGGUUCAGUCCAAAGUGAAGAACAUCAAGUAUGAUGGAGGAGCUGAGACAGAUCCACAUUGGAGUCCAGAGAGCCGGAAGAUGAUUGAGUCUCUGGGAAAACUGGCUUUUGAUCAGCUGCAGAAAGGAAACCUGAUCUUCUAUGACUCAGACCUGACAGAGUGUGGCAUUGAUAUCAGAGCAGCCUCAGUGUACUCAGGAGUCUUCACACAGGUCUUUAGAGAGGAGAGAGGACUGUACCAGGAAAGGGUGUUCUGCUUUGUCCAUCUGAGUGUUCAGGAGUUUCUGGCUGCUCUUCAUGUCCAUCUGACCUUCAUCAAGUCUGGAGUCAAUCUGAUGGCAGAAGAACAAUCUACCUCUUGGUGGUCUGAAUUGUUCGGGGGCAAAACAACACGUUUAUACCAGAGUGCUGUGGACAAGGCCUUAGAGAGUCCAAAUGGACACCUGGACUUGUUCCUCCGCUUCCUCCUGGGUCUUUCUCUGCAGACCAAUCAGACUCUUCUCAGAGGCCUGCUGACACAGACAGGAAGUAGUUUGAAGACCAAUCAGAAAACAGCCCAAUACAUCAGAAAGAAGAUCAGUGAAAAUCUCUCUCCAGAGAGAAGCAUCAACCUGUUCCACUGUCUGAAUGAACUGAAUGAUCAUUCUCUAGUGGAGGAGAUCCAACAGUCCCUGAGAUCAGGAAGUAUCUCCAUAGAUUACCUGUCUCCUGCUCAGUGGUCAGCUCUGGUUUUCAUCUUACUGUCAUCAGAAACAGAUCUGGAUGUGUUUGACCUGAAGAAAUACUCUGCUUCAGAGGAGGCUCUUCUGAGGCUGCUGCCAGUGGUCAAAGCCUCCAACAAAGCUCUGCUGAGUGGCUGUAACCUCUCAGAGAGAAGCUGUGAAGCUCUGUCCUCAGUCCUCAGCUCCCAGUCCUCUAGUCUGAGAGAACUGAACCUGAGUAACAAUGACCUGCGUGAUUCAGGAGUGAAGCGUCUUUCUGCUGGACUGAAGAGUCCACACUGCAGCCUGGAAACUCUCAGUUUGUCAGGCUGUAUGAUCUCAGAGGAAGGUUGUGCUUCUCUGGCCUCAGCUCUGAGCUCUAACCCCUCCCAUCUGAGAGAGCUGGACCUGAGCUACAAUCAUCCAGGAGACCUGGGAGAGAAGUUUCUGUCUGUUGGACUGAAGGAUCCACACUGGAGACUGGACACUCUCAGGAUGGACCAUGGUGGACUGCAGAGACUGAGACCUGGUGUGAGGAAGUAUGUCUGUGAACUAGAACUGGACACAAACACAGUAAACAGAAAACUCAAACUGUCUGACAAAAACAGGGAGGUGACACGUGUGAGAGAGUCUCAGUCAUAUCCUGAUCAUCCUGACAGAUUUGACUGGUGUCCUCAGCUGCUGUGUAGAACUGGUCUGACUGGUCGCUGUUACUUGGAAGUCGAGUGGAGAGGAGAUAUUUUUAUAUCAGUGAGUUACAGAGGAAUCAGAAGGAGAGGAGACAGUAAAGACUGUGUGUUUGGAGGGAAUGAUCAGUCUUGGAGUCUGUGUUGCUCUGAUAAUGGUUACUCUGUCUGCCACAAUAACAGAAGAACAAACUUCUCCUCCUCCUCCUCCUCCUCCUCCUCCUCUGGUAGAGUAGCAGUGUAUAUGGACUGUCCUGCUGGCACUCUGUCCUUCUACAGAGUCUCCUCUGACACACUGAUCCACCUCCACACCUUCAACACCACAUUCACUGAACCUCUUUAUCCUGGCUUUGGGUUUGGGUUCUAUGGUUCCUCAGUGUCUUUGUGUCCUCUGCAGGUCAUUGUGGACUCUGCUAUGGAUCAGUGUGAGGACAGAGAGGAGGGAGAUCCUCCUUCUGAAACUUCUCUGUGUGGGGAACAUGACAGCCAGACCAAAGCUCAGAGAGUGCAGCAGGAGAGACCUGAACCUGGACCCAGCUGUGUGUCCAUGAAGAGUGACCAGUCUAUGGGUCCUCCUUUACACUUCAAAGAUGAACGCCACUCUGUUGAUCAAAGGAGGAAGCUGGAAAAGCCUGAACCCAGCUGUGUGUCCAUGAAGAGUGAUCGGUCUAUGGGUUACCCUGCUAACUUUAAAGUUGGACAACUUGCUGAUGAAAGGAGGAAGCUGGAAAAACCUGAACCCAGCUGUGUGUCCAUGAAGAGUGACCAUUCUAUGGGUCCUCCUUUACACUUCAAAGAUGGUAGCCACUCUGUUGAUCAAAGAGUGGACCAGGAGAGCUCAGAGGUUCCCGAUGGCCACUCUGCCCAUCACCAUCAAACACACCUGGACUCCAUAUUUGUGCUGCUGGAGGAGAACAUCAUCACUUUUGUGAAGAACGAGCUGGAGAAGAUUCAGAAGGUUCUGAGUCCAAAUUACCCAGAAUGCUCAGAGGACCAGUGGGAAGAUGAGGAGGUGUUUGAGGGUGAUGAUGAGAAACAGAGGAAGAGAAGCAGAGAGGACUUUUUGAAGAUCACACUUCACUUCCUGAGAACAAUGAAGCAGGAGGAGCUGGCUGACGGUCUGCAGAGCAGAACUCUUGCUCCAGUGUGCCGACGUAAACUGAAGUCUAACCUGAAGGAGAAGUUCCAGUGUGUGUUUGAGGGGAUCUCUAAAGCAGGAAACCCAACCCUUCUGAAUCAGAUCUACACAGAGCUCUACAUCACAGAGGGAGGGACUGCAGAGGUCAAUGAUGAACAUGAGGUCAGACAGAUUGAAACAGCAUCCAGGAAACCAGACAGACAAGAAACAACAAUCAGACAAGAAGACAUCUUUAAAGCCUCACCUGGAAGAGACGAACCAAUCAGAACAGUGCUGACAAAGGGAGUGGCUGGCAUUGGGAAAACUGUCUUAACACAGAAGUUCACUCUGGACUGGGCUGAAGACAAAACCAACAAGGACAUCCACUACACAUUUCCAUUCACUUUCAGAGAGCUCAAUGUGCUGAAAGGGAAAAAGUUCAGCUUGGUGGAACUUGUUCAUCACUUCUUUCCUGAAACCAAAGAAGCAGGAAUCUGCAGGUUUGAAGAGGUCCACGUUGUGUUCAUCUUUGACGGUCUGGAUGAAUGUCGACUUCCUCUGGACUUCCACAACACUGAGAUCCUGACUGAUGUCACAGAGUCAACCUCAGUGGAUGUGCUGCUGACAAACCUCAUCAGGGGGAAACUGCUUCCCUCUGCUCGCCUCUGGAUAACCACACGACCUGCAGCAGCCAAUCAGAUCCCUGCUGACUGUGUUGACAUGGUGACAGAGGUCAGAGGGUUCACUGACCCACAGAAGGAGGAGUACUUCAGGAAGAGAUUCAGAGAUGAGGAGCAAGCCGGCAGAAUCAUCUGCCACAUCAAGACAUCACGAAGUCUCCACAUCAUGUGCCACAUCCCAGUCUUCUGCUGGAUCUCUGCUACAGUUCUGGAUCUGUUGAAAACCAGAGAGGGAGGAGAGCUGCCCAAGACCCUGACUGAGAUGUACAUCCACUUCCUGGUGGUUCAGUCCAAAGUGAAGAACAUCAAGUAUGAUGGAGGAGCUGAGACAGAUCCACAUUGGAGUCCAGAGAGCCGGAAGAUGAUUGAGUCUCUGGGAAAACUGGCUUUUGAUCAGCUGCAGAAAGGAAACCUGAUCUUCUAUGACUCAGACCUGACAGAGUGUGGCAUCGAUAUCAGAGCAGCCUCAGUGUACUCAGGAGUCUUCACACAGGUCUUUAGAGAGGAGAGAGGACUGUACCAGGAAAGGGUGUUCUGCUUCGUCCAUCUGAGUGUUCAGGAGUUUCUGGCUGCUCUUCAUGUCCAUCUGACCUUCAUCAACUCUGAAGUCAAUCUGAUGGCAGAAGAACCAACAACCUCCAAACCUGAACCAUCAAGUAUCUACCAGAGUGCUGUGGACAAGGCCUUACAGAGUCCAAAUGGACACCUGGACUUGUUCCUCCGCUUCCUCCUGGGUCUUUCUCUGCAGACCAAUCAGACUCUCCUCAGAGGUCUGCUGACACAGACAGGAAGUAGCUCACAGACCAAUCAGGAAACAGUCAAAUACAUCAAGAAGAAGAUCAGUGAAGAGCUUUCUCCAGAGAGAAGCAUCAACCUGUUCCACUGUCUGAAUGAACUGAAUGAUCAUUCUCUAGUCGAGGAGAUCCAACAGUCCCUGAGAUCAGGAAGUCUUUCUACAGACAAACUGUCUCCUGCUCAGUGGUCAGCUCUGGUUUUCAUCUUACUGUCAUCAGAAACAGAUCGGGAUGUGUUUGAUCUGAAGAAAUACUCUGCUUCAGAGGAUGCUCUUCUGAGGCUGCUGCCAGUGGUCAAAGCCUCCAACAAAGCUCUACUGAGUGGCUGUCAGCUCUCAGAGAGAAGCUGUGAAGCUCUGUCCUCAGUCCUCAGCUCCCAGUCCUCUAGUCUGAGAGACCUGGACCUGAGUAACAAUGACCUGCAGGAGUCGGGAGUGGAGCUGCUAUGUACAGCAUUAAAGAGUCCGCACUGCAGACUGGAAACUCUCAGGAUGAAUGGCUGCAACCUCUCAGAGAGAAACUGUGAAGCUCUGUCCUCAGUCCUCAGCUUCCAGUCCUCUAGUCUGAGAGACCUGGACCUGAGUAACAACAACCUGCAGGAUUCAGCAGUGAAGCAUUUUUCUGCUGGACUGAAGAGUCCACACUGCAGACUGACAAUAUUCAAGUUAAGAUUCUGUAACCUCUCAGAGAGAAGCUGUGAAGAUCUGUCCUCAGUCCUCAGCUCCCAGUCCUCUAGUCUGAGAGACCUGGACCUGAGUAACAACGACCUACAGGAUUCACGAGUGAAGGGGUUUGUUGCUGGACUGAAGAGUCCACACUGCAAACUGGAAAAUCUCAGGCUGAGUGGCUGUAACCUCUCAGAGAGAAGCUGUGAAGCUCUGUCCUCAGUCCUCAGCUCCCAAUCCUCUAGUCUGAAAGACCUGGACCUGAGUAACAACGACCUGCAGGAUUCAGGAGUGAAAUGUUUUUCUGCUGGACUGAAGAGUCCACACUGCAGACUGGAAAUUCUCAGUCUGUCAUGCUGUAUGAUCUCAGAGGAAGGAUGUGCUACUCUGGCCUCAGCUCUGAGCUCCAACCCCUCCCAUCUGAGAGAGCUGGACCUGAGCUACAAUCAUCCAGGAGACUCAGGAGAGAAGCUUCUGUCUGCUGGAUUGAAGGAUCCACACUGGAGACUGGACACUCUCAGGGUGGACCAUGGUGGACUGCAGAGACUGAGACCUGGUCUGAGGAAGUAUGUCUGUGAACUGGAACUGGACACAAACACAGUACACAGAAGACUCAAACUAUCUGACAACAACAGGAAGGUGACACGUGUGGGAGAGUUUCAGUCAUAUCCUGAUCAUCCAGACAGAUUUGAGUGCUGGUCUCAGCUGCUGUGUAGAACUGGUCUGACUGGUCGCUGUUACUGGGAGGUCGAGUGGAGAGGAAACGUUUUUAUAUCAGUGAGUUACAGAGGAAUCAGGAGGAGAGGAGGUAGUGAAGAUUGUAUGUUUGGAGACAAUGAUCAGUCCUGGAGUCUGAGCUGCUCUGAUGGUCGUUACUCUGUCAGGCACAAUAAGAAGAGCACAUGCCUUUCCUCCUCCUCCUCCUCCUCCUCCUCCUCCUCCUCCUCCUCCUCCGCUGGUAGAGUAGCAGUGUAUGUGGACUGUCCUGCUGGCACUCUGUCCUUCUACAGAGUCUCCUCUGACACACUGAUCCACCUCCACACCUUCAACACCACAUUCACUGAACCUCUUUAUCCUGGGUUUUGGAUCAGGUCAUCUGGUUCCUCAGUGUCUCUGUGUCCUCUGCAGGUCUGAGAGUCUCCUGUGGACGGAAUCUCUGCUGACUGAAAUCAAAGUUCAGUCUGUUCACCAUCACUCACAGAUCUGUCUCAGACUCAAAAACAAAACAUUAAUUUGUCUAAUUUCACCUCUUUGAUGAUCAACAUUUUUCACUAGAAACACUUCUUGAUGUAUAACAUCUGCCUCCUCCCUGGUGCUGUGAUUAUAUGUGACUCUGUGGGACACUGUAUAAAGCUGAAAGAAUGUAAAGUCACUGAAAGGUUUAGCUGUGUCCAUGUACACAUGCUGUAAUAAACUCCACAGUAAUAUACAUAUUCAAGUAAGAAGAACUGAUUCUCAUCAAGUUAUUCCUUGAAUUAAUCCAAGAUUGACCUAAAGUGAAAUGUUUUUCACAUCAGCGUUCCUCUUCUGCAGAGUUUGUCUAAACUCA